AGGAAGAAUAAGGAAGCGGUAGGUACAAACUGGACACAGUGCAAUGUUUGGACUCUUCAGGAAAAGUAAACCCGUGAAAAUUAGGAGUCGUAAUGACAACAGAAAAUACGGAGUUGCAGCAAAGGGUGUGAAGGAGUUGCUUAAAAAAGGCUGCAAGUUAUUACAGUUGCCAUUGUCUGGUGCACAUGUGUGUUUGUAUGCGGAUGGGACCAAAGUGACGGAGGGAUUCUUCCCAACUCUUCCAGACAACACUGAACUUGUUCUCCUCUCCAGCGAUCAGGCAUGGAGUGGAGUUGUGUGUGACAUCGAUCAGUUACUGAACACAGACCAGCAUGCCGAUGGCCUCAUUAAAGCGGCGAGAGGGCUCCUGUCUGAUGAGCAGUCUCAUAAAAGACGUAAAAUCCUGACUGACCUGCUGUUCAACUUGGAGGACAGAUCUGAGCUGGAGAGGAGAGAGGAGGAUGAAGACUGGUUCAAAGGUGUCGAUACUCGAUUUAAGACAAAGUCUGCCUACAUGAAGUUCAACUGUGAGAGCAGGAUACGAAGCUAUAUGAAGGAGGUGGAUGGCGCAACCAAAACCAUCGAGACGGCUAAAAUCAAGGCAGAGUUUCUGAAAGCAUCGAAAUGCCUGGCAGAAACACUGAAGGCGGCGAGGUACAACGGCAGCUACUUUGACAGGACUGAAAAGGAGCCGGAUCGCCUCUGUACUCAGGAAGGAUGGUUUACCUGUCAGGGAUCAUUUGAGCAGGAAGUUUGCCUGUCUCUCCACUCCAUCAACCCCUACGGCAGCCGAGAGAGCAGGAUUCUCUUCAGCACAUGGAAUCUGGACCACAGGAUUGAAAAGAAAAGGACCAUCAUUCCCGCUCUGCUGGAAGCUCUCCAGAAUCACAAGAGCGAAGAUGUCAACCUGAACUACUUCUACCGCCUGCUGUUCACCAGGGAGAACCUGAAGCUGGUUCACAUCGUGUGCCAUGACAAAGGUGCUCACAACCUGCUGUGUGACACCAACAAGAUUUUUAAACAGACCAGUAACACUGACAACACAAAACAGAAGAUUAAAGGGAAGAAGAGGCGCUUGGUGUGAUAUUUUUACCCUUACUUUUAUGAAAAAAUGAUCAUUUGAACUGUGACGACAUAAUGUGUUACACUGGAAAGAUUUAUCUCAGGGUCCACUGUCGAUUCUUUUUUAAAUCAUAUUUUGCCUGUGGUGCUUUAAUACAGACUGACAGUAUUUUGUAAAACGAAGGAAAUUACACAAACAAAUGUUGAAAUCAUGAAAAAGCUUUAUUUUUUAUUUCUUCUUAAUGUUGGCACGGUGAUGUAAAAUGCAUGAAUUAAUACAAUGUGGCAUUCACUCGGUCAGAAAGUUGCAUAGGAGUGAAAAGCACUAGUGCAAUUACUGUUAACGAAGAAAUCCGAUGACCAGAUUUCAUUUUUAAUGUCAGAUUUAAGUUAUCCUCACUUUACUGACAAGCUAAAAAACUUUUAUAAGAAACAUUUUAAGUCCACAUUUUUUAAUAAAACAUCUUUCAUAUA